GUCUGCAACAGUAAGUCAACACCUUGUUUCUUGAGAAAAGCAAGAGACAAGUGUGCGGGAAAUAAUGAAUUUAUAAUAAUAUAUAUCAUGCUGUCUAAGCCACCAAAUCUUAAUCUAUUAUAUAUUCCAUUUUAAUUGUAACAAAAGACUUUUGGAAUCUAUAUCAAAAAACGAAAGCAAAAGCUAAGGAUCGAAAAGGGAGGAUUGAUUCGGAAUGUAGAUCAAGACGAGUAGAAGAAGAUUCACAAACAGGCAGUUUGGUGGAAGCAGAAACAUGUCGGAGGCCCUCCUCUUAUCGGUGAUACAGAAGCUCGACAUUAUUUAUCGAUAUGAUAGAUAUGCGGUGGGCUUGGGGAACGUGAGAAAAGUAAUUAAAAAGAUGAGAGAGAUUAUGGAUAUUGUGAGGGAUAAGAAAUUGGAAGAUGGAAGAACCCUAAAUUUUUUGGUAUGUGACCUUGUACAAAUGGCUGAUAAUGCCAUCGACAUUUUCAAACAACACGAAUCCUUCUCAGAAUGGAGGUAUAAGUCCAUCAAUAGUUGGAUCAAAGAGAUGAAAAAGAAAAUGCUUAAACUGGGAGAUGAUGGGGCAGAGAUGAGACCAUCAGAUAAUGUUGAUGACAAAUACGUGGUGGGGUUGGAGGAAGAUGUGGAAAUGCUGCUUCGCCUAUGGAUUAUUGGUGGGGAAGAAUACAUGAAGACUGUUGUUAUCAAAGGGAUGAUUGGGAUUGGAAAGACAACUCUUGCGAGAGAGAUAUACAACCAUGCAGCCGUCAUUAAGCGAUUCGAGCGCCGUGCUUGGGUAUCUAAUUCUACUUACUUCACUCUUAAAGAGCUACUUAUCCAACUAAUACAACAGGUAGCGGUAGAAGAUCCUCAGAAUCUCCAUACAUCUUCCUCAUUGGAGAAUAUGGACAACCGAAGCCUCCAAGAUAUGCUUUGCCAACACCUGCAAGGAAUGCGAUAUUUUAUAGUUCUCGACGACUUGCCCAAACAAAUGCACUUGACGUCGUUCUUGAAUGCUCUUCCAGGAAAAGACUAUGGAAGUAGACUGCUGCUCACAAGUCACAUGAAGCAUCCCGACAUAUGGCAUGACGAAGUUCAUCAGAUGAAACCUUUGGAUUCGAAUAAGAGCUGGCAAUUGUUUUUGGAAACAAUAAACCAUGGCAAUAAGUUGACGGGUGAGCACAAAUUCCCAAUGGACUUGAAGCAUAUGGGAAAACAACUGUUGAAGAAAUGCGGUGGUCUGCCAUUAGCUAUAAAAGAGGUGGGGAAGCAGUUAGUGGAGCAGAAAGUCUCAGGAGUGAGUGAAUGGGAACAACUUCUUGAAUCAUUUGAUUUUGGUUCAACAUUGAAGUUAUUGGAACCAUUUUAUCAUAAAUUGGAUCCCAAAUUGGAGCCGUGUUUGUUGUGUAUGGCUUUCUUUAAGGAAAAUACAACUUUGAGGGCAGAAAAGUUGACGGCGAUUUGGGUUGCAGGAGGAGUAGUGGAUACAGAAUAUAAAUGUAAAGCAUUUUUAGAUGGUUUAGUUAAGGAAUCUGUUAUUGAUGUCAAGGACAAGAGCACGGAGUAUGGCAUGAAUCCUCUGCUACACAUGUUAUCCAUCCAAAAAGCAGAGGAAAAAAUUGGUUUUGAGGUCCUAAGGAAAAAUGGAAAUAAUCGAGCCUUUGAGAGUCCUCGUCAUCAUCGUGUUAUCAUUUGUUGCAGAGACAAGUUCAACUACUCCACGGAUCAGGAUAAACAUCUUGUUUCUCUCUUCUUCCAUGGAGGUGGCUACUUCGACACUAGUUCUUCUUAUUGGAAGAGCUUCGAGCUACUUAAGAUACUUGACUUGGAAGACUUUGGGUUGAAGAUUCUACCAGAAACUAUCGGCACAUUGAUGGAAUUAAGAUACUUGGGAUUGAGAAAUAAUUACCUAAAAGAGCUGUCACAGUUGUUAAGGUGCUUGAAAAAGCUUGAGGUUCUUGACAUAUCUCAAAACUUUAUGGUGGAGGUGCCGGAUAUUAUAUGGGAAAUGCCUAGCCUUCGUCACAUCUACAUGUCUGAAGUGAUUUGCCGAGAGCCUUUGAAGAUAGAUGCGCUAAGGAAUCUGGAGACCUUAACCUACGUCUCGGUUGAUAAUUGGACAUAUGAGCUCUCUGCCUUGAAAGAGUUGAGGUAUCUCAAGAAAUUAGGGAUAGAAGGAUUGGAUGGAAACUCAGAUGUAAGCAAGCUCUUUGUGUCAUUGGCUGAGUUGAAGAAGCUUGACCACCUAAUCUUAAGAGGGUAUCGUUUCAGAAGCAUGCCUUGUUUGGAUGAGCUUCGUGUUCUACACAAGCUCGAAACACUCAAAUUGGAUGGACUCCUUGCCAGGCUUCCAAGGAGUUUCCCUCCAAAUAUUGAAUCAUUGACGUUGGUUAAUAGUUGUCUUGAUGAAGACCCCAUGCCACGACUCGCGGAGAAUGACUCCAGGCUGAAGCACCUCAAAUUGCGGAAUGCAUACACUGGUCAACAAAUGGUGAUCUUGCCAUACCGCUUCCGUUCUCUUGAAGUCCUGUGCAUCCAAGAGUUGUGGAAUCUGAGAAAUAUACAAUGUGAAGGUUCAUUGAACUGUUUCGACAAAAUAGAAAUCCAUGAUUGUCCAAAUCUGGAUACCCUGCCAGAAGCGAUUGGAUCGUUUCCAUUUAUGAAGGAGAUAAAGAUGGUGACAACCAAAAACAUUGCAGCAAAGAUCAGGAACUUAGACUUCAUCUCCAAAAUAGAUAUCGUGAAUAUUAAUUCAUGAGCUAGCUCCGUUGUAUGCGUUAUUGUUUCGUAUGUUUUGCUUGUUGGCGUUAGUUUGGAUGAUUUCUAGCUAGAUGUUCUUCCUUGGUGGUUGUGUGUUUGUAGAUGACAUUUAUUUGCUUUGACAAUUGUGGUCUCUUCAUUUCUUCA